AUGGCGGCAGACACCGGGAACGAAGCCAGCUCCCGGCCCCGAAUACGCGACCUCCUCCCCACCCUCAAAAUCGGCCGGCACCCCGCGGGGCCCCUAAACUCCCUAACGGACGUCCCCGGCGUGCUCGUACACACGGAAUCCAUCAAGCUCCACCCCUCCACAAGCCCCGGCAUCCGCCACCCCAUAAACACAGGCGUUACAACCAUCCUCCCCCGCCGCGACUGGUUCGACUGGGCCUGCUACGCGGGGUACUUCCGCUUCAAUGGCUCCGGUGAAAUGACCGGCUCGCACUGGCUGGACGAAACGGGUCUGCUCAACUCGCCCAUCAUCAUCACCAACUCCUUCUCCGUGGGUGCGUGUUACAGCGGCGUCUACGAGUAUGCGGUUCGUGAGUAUGCUAAUAAGCGGACCGGGCUGGUGGAUUGGUUUCUCCUGCCGGUCAUCGCGGAGACGUGCGAUUCUCACCUGAACGAUAUUGGGGCUAUGGCUGUUACGCCGGAGAUGGUGGUCAAGGGGAUUGAGCGGGCCCGGGGUGGGGAGAGAGUUCCCGAGGGGAAUACUGGGGGUGGGACGGGGAUGUGUUGCCAUGGCUACAAGGGGGGUACGGGGAGUGCGAGUCGAGUUAUCGAAGGGAAGGAGUUUGGGGUUGGGGUGCAGUACACAGUUGCUGCGCUCGUACAGGCGAAUUAUGGGAAGAAGCGCGACUUGCGGAUCGGCGGAGUGCCGCUUGGGAGGAUCAUUGAGGAGCGGGAGGCAGAGGCGGCUAUAUCAGCGGGCUCACACGAGGCUGCAAAGGAGGAAGAAGAGAGAAAAAGCCCGAUGAAAGAUGGUAGCAUCAUUGUCGUCCUCGCCACGGAUGCGCCCCUACAUCCCACACAGCUCCAACGCCUAGCCAAGCGAGCGACAGUGGGUCUGUCGCGCGUGGGCGGUUGGGGAGCCAAUAGCUCUGGAGACAUCUUCAUCGCCUUCAGCACGGCAGAGAAGAUUGCUCGUGACCCUUCUACGUCCAGCUGGGCGGUCGCUGUGGAGCAAAAAGUGAGCGUUGUACAAGAUGUGUCUAUCAAUGCGCUCUUUGAGGGAGCGGCGGAUGCGACGGAGGAGGCGAUCUAUAAUGCGCUGGUGGGCGCGGAGGAUAUGGAGGGGCCUGGGGAGAUGAAAGUUAAGGCGUUGGAUCAUGAAGUGCUCAGGGAAGUUGUGGGGAAGUAUCUUUAG